GGGAGGAUGAUCAGACUAAAAGAGAAUCAAUACAAUUGAUCUAAAUCAGGAGAAGUUAACACAACCACUACAAGAUAAUGGGCCAAGCCCAGGGGUUCCAUUCCAGCCGUUUUUAUAACCGCUUCCGGGCUUUAACUUUGAAACCUUUACCAGCAAAGCGAGAUUUCGCCUUCAGUCACCCAUCUUCCUCGUCUAUUUCGAACCCCGACGGUCAUACAUCUUCCCCGUCAAUCUUGAAAUCC